UGUGCGUCCGGAUAUCAUGCGAAGCGGAACUAAGCUCCCACUGGGGCUAUGCUGGAUCAGCGUCGUCUGUCUGAUGCUGGGUCUGGCCUCUGGCGAAGUGGUUAAAUGCUACGAGUGCAAGGAGUCGGACACCUCGUGCGGUCCUCCAUUGAAUUCCAUAGGACGGGUGCAGGAAUGUCCAAACUCAACGAUGUGCUCGAAGAUCACCAGGAUUCAUGAGUUAAAUGGAAAGCAGUGGAAAACAACGCGGAGAGGGUGUGCAAGACAGGUUAACAAGACCCAAGAUUAUGUCGUGAAAGAGUGGGUUGAUGUAUAUGUCGUAAUGGAUUUGCCGGAGGGCUGCACCAAGACGGAUAAAGCAGAAUACUGUAAUUGCCGUGGAUCACUGUGCAAUUCAGCCAGCUUUCCCUCAUCGAACUUCCGGCUGCCAACACUGCUGAUCUUCUUGGCCCUCGUCUGUGGGAAAAUCCUUCUUCCCGUCUAGUCGACGACACUUUUUGGGGUGUGUUCUCGUGUUCAGUAAUAGCAAUUUACCACUUCCUGGAACGCUCUAGGCCGCAGAAAUAGUUUUAAGCAGAUUAAUGAUUUAUAUGCGACACUUCUCAAAGGUGACGCCUUGUCAAUAAAGUCACUGAUACCAAAUAAACCCAAACAAACUCGUUCUGACAUUGGAUAUGGAUCGUAAAUACUUGAGCGGCCGGCCAGAUUAAAAUCUAACCGAAACGAUCCUACCUGGACCCUGAGAUAUGGAAUGUGACGCAUCGAAGAAAGUGCCAGAUUUGGCCAGCUUGCGGCUCAAGGUCAAUGUCAAGUAUACCAAGUAUAUGUUGCGUUGGAUUAAUAAAAUAACACCAGCAGCACUCCUGCGGUGUGAUUUGGAAUAGCAUGCAAAUCAAGAGGCAGGCAUCUGAACAUCACAAAUCGAACUUGUAAUUGAUUAAAAAGUCGUCUUAUUUAAAUAUUUAUUAAGUACUUGUGACUUUAAUGAAUGCCCCCAUAUAGAUAUCGCCAAAAGCCGAAUCCGAGAGCCACCUCGCAAAGUAACAAUAACAGCACGCGCCGUGAUUCACCCACCAAUCUGCUCUGCUCCGGGUGAUCGUCGGGAUCGCCUCCGCCCCGAUCUGCACUGGGAUCUCGUCUUGGUCUCCAGAUCGGAUCUGGGUUCAGCGUACGACCUUUGGAGUGCAGUGACUGUGACGCAGUAUCGAUACUCGAACUCGAACUCGGCACUCGGUAUCCAGCAUCGGUGCUUGGAUACUCGGCAGUCCCAAGAUGCGGCGUUUUAAUCACAGUUUAUGUGCAUGGCUAUUAUUAAUCGCCAUAUGCCCGCCAAUGUGCACUGACAAUCAUUCUCCAUGCGGCCAUACACGGAAAGCAAUCGGACUAGAGUUUAAACUUAGCUUUCAUUUUAUAUUUAAAUAUUACAAAUAACACAUUAGAUUGACCUUCAAGCGCCUUUUUCUACCUUCAUUCGCCCAUGGUAUAGAUAUGUUGAUCUGUAUAAUUAAAAUAAGGAAUGAAGGGAUACAAAUGAAAUACCUGUUUUAUAGAUAUCAAAUAUUAGACUUACCGAUAAAUUUCUUUCCGGGCUUUUACUUAAAAUUUAAAACAAAGGCUAGAUUAGCUAUUUAUA